GUUGUUUCUCUGACGACAAUCUGAUAAUAUUUUCUGCGAUAUGAUUGACUCACAAAAUGUUAUUAUUAUUGACAUAUUGUGUGGAAAUCAAUGAAUAAUUUUUAGAUUAUUAAUUAAAAAGUGGUUACCAUUGAACAGAAACGGCUUUUGAUUUACAAAUUAAUAAUUAAAUAACUAUUAAAAUAAUGGAUAAAUUGAGGCGAACUCUGGGGGCAAGUGGUGAAGAAUCCGCUGAAGAAUCGAACGACUCAUUCUUCCCAUCAAUGAGUUGGGAAACAAGAGUCAAAGGAUUUGUCGUAUGUUUUAUAUUAGGAUUUGUAUUGUCUAUAAUCGGUGGCGCUUGCAUUGCAUUACCAAAAGGAUUAAUACUAUUCGCACUUUUCUAUACCAUUGGAAACUUGACAUCAAUGGCCAGCACAAUGUUUCUUAUGGGACCGUUUCGUCAAAUCAAGAAAAUGUUUGCAAAGACUCGUAUUAUCGCAACUCUUGCCGUCUUUUUAUUUAUGAUAUUAACACUGAUGGCCGGUCUUUGGUGGAGGAAAGUGGGUUUGGCCAUCAUUUUUUGUAUUCUUCAGUUCCUCGCCUUUACGUGGUAUGCCUUGUCUUAUAUCCCAUUUGCCAGAGAUAUCGCCAAAAAGACAUUUUCCAGUUGUAUAUAAAUCUUAAGAAUACAAUUGCAAAGUCUGUAGCGAACAAUAUUAAA